AUGCAGCUCCGUCGAGGAGCCAGCGUGCUCGGCGAGGCCGUCGCAGGCAGGCUCGCGGCACCGACAUGCGUCCUCUGCCGCCUUCCGCCCGCGGCGCUCGGGCCGUCGAGGAUACGCCGGCAACGCAUACACAGCUCCCAGCAAAGGGACUCGGCCUGGGCGGCGGCCGUCCAGGUCGCGUCCAACAUGGUGGGUAACGUGGUCAACAAGGCGGCGGCAAACGACGGCAUGACCAUCGACCCCCUGCGGACGGUGGCCAAGGAGAUGAAGUUCCUCACGGGAAACAUCCGGAAGCUCCUCGGAUCCGGCCACCCCUCGCUCGACCGGGUGGCCAAGUACUACACGCAGGCCGAAGGCAAGCACGUCCGGCCGCUCAUCGUCCUCCUCAUGAGCAGGGCAACCCACCUCUGCCCGAAGGACGGCCGUCCCCAGACGCCGCAGAGCGCGAGGGCCAUCGACACGUGCAUAUCGCCGGAGCAGAUCCUCGCGGACAACAACCCGUCGGCGGCGUCACCGACGUCGCGGGAGCCCGAGCCGGCGGACGGCACCGUCGACAUCCUGCCGGGCCAGCGACGGCUCGCCGAGAUCACGGAGCUCAUCCACACGGCCUCGCUCCUUCACGACGACGUCAUCGACCACUCCAUCUCGCGGCGCGGCGCUCCGUCGGCCAACCUCGAGUUCGGCAACAAGAUGGCGGUGCUGGCCGGCGACUUCCUCCUCGGCCGAGCCUCCGUCUCGCUCGCUCGGCUGCGGCACGUCGAGGUCAUCGAGCUUCUCGCCACCGUCAUCGCGAACCUCGUCGAGGGCGAGUUCAUGCAGCUCAAGAACACGGAGCGCGACGAGCGAAGCCCGCAGUGGUCGGACGAGACGCUGACGUACUACCUCCAAAAGACCUACCUCAAGACGGCGAGCCUCAUCUCCAAGUCGUGCCGGGCCGCGGCGCUCCUCGGCAACGCCGACGGCACGACGGUCGAGGCGGCCUACUCGUACGGCCGGAACCUCGGGCUCGCCUUCCAGCUCGUCGACGACAUGCUCGACUACACGCGCACCGGCAAGGACCUGGGCAAGCCGGCCGGCGCCGACCUCGAGCUGGGCCUCGCGACGGCGCCGCUGCUCUUCGCCUGGAAGCAGAACCCCGAGCUCGGCGCGCUCGUCGGCCGCAAGUUUUCGCGCGAGGGUGAUGUGGAACGGGCUCGGGCCCUCGUCCUCGAGAGCGACGGCAUCGAACAGACGCGGGCCCUCGCGCACGACUACGCCGAGAGGGCCAUUGCCGCCAUCGCCGACUUUCCCGACAGCGAGGCCAAGGACGGCCUGAUUGAGAUGUCGUACUCGACCAUCAAGAGGCAGAAGUAG